AUGGCGAACAACUCCCUCGACGAAGAACCUUCUUCGUCGUGGAGUGUUUGGCGAAGAACACUAUCGGCGAAGGAUCUCUUGACGAAGAACCAUACUUCAUCAAGGGUGUUGACGACGAAGAACCCUCCUUCAUCGAGGAGUGGUUGUGACGAAGAACCAUUCUUCAUCGGCGUGGGUUUUUCGUCAAUCAAGAACUUUGAGCGUGUUAUGCAGGAGAAAUUCGAAAUGAGCGCCAUGGGGGAAAUGACAUUCUUUUUGCGCCUACAAGUGCAACAAACGAAGUGUGAUGCGACAUCCAAACCAGCUAAAGGCGAAGAGAACAUGUCAGAUGAUAAGCCUUGGAAUGAAGACACAAUAUGGAUGCAAUCAGAAGAUCAAGAUGAUCAAGUUGCAGUUGACCACUCAUCAACACCAAAAGCAUACUUGCAAAAAUUCUUGCACAAGUUUCAACAUCUUAAAAUCCAACUGGAAGAGAUAACAUCAGCCACCAACGACUUCGACGAUCAGAAUUAUAUUGGUCGUGGUGGUUAUGGGAAAGGUUACAAAGGAGAACUGUCUCACUCCAAGGGCCGAAGCGUGGUCGCUAUCAAGCGUCUGGAUCGUACCAGUAGACAAGGAAUACCUGAGUUCUUGAAAGAGAUAACAAUGCUUUCUGAUUAUAAGCAUGAAAAUGUUAUCUCACUUCUGGGAUUCUGUUGUGAAGGGGGUGAGAUGAUCCUGGUGUACGAGCUUGCAUCUCGUGGAAGCCUUGACCGCUAUUUAAAUUCCCCUCAUCUCACUUGGAGCCAACGUUUAAAGAUAUGCCUUAAUGCCGCGAAGGGAUUAAGCUACCUUCAUGAUCCAAGGGAAACACACCGAAGACUAAUCCAUUGUGAUAUUAAAAGUGGCAACAUCCUUCUCGAUGAGCAAUGGAAUGCUAAAGUUUCGGACUUCGGGCUAUCAACAAUGGGGUCAGCUAAUGAGCAGCACUCGGUUAUUGUCAUCCCGGCCGCAGGUAGAGAGGGGUACAUUGAUCCACUAUAUUGGAUGACGCACACCCUAACGAAAGAGUCAGAUGUGUACUCUUUUGGCGUGGUGUUAUUUGAAGUUUUAUGUGGGAGAUUAUGCUAUACACUUGAUAGCAAGGGUCAUGUUAAGGAGAUCUUAGUGCCCACGUGGAUUAAGAGUCUUGAACAAAACAAGUUAAAUGAUAUCAUUUAUAAAAAUUCGUACAAUGAACCAAAGCAUCAGAGUGUUAUAAACAGAUUUUCAGAUAUUGCAUAUCAAUGUUUAAAGGAAUCUCGUGAAGAUAGUCCAAAGAUGGUUGACGUUGUGACAGAACUUGAGAUUGCAAUCGAUAAUCACGAGUUACUCCAAAAUGAAGAAUAUAACUCAAAUCUUUUGAGACUUGUUAUUAUUGCACUUCAGUACUUCACAUAUCUAGAUCUUGAGAAGUGGUGUGUAAAGAUGAAUUCACUACAAGAAUUAUACACCAUUAGCGACGACACCAUUAGCGGCGACGGGCCAAGUGUCGCCGCUAUUGGUCGAUCCGUGUCACGAGGCCUGAGACCAAACCCCAGCCGUUGA